GCCAUGCCUGCUUGGAUGGAAGAAGCCUUGGAAGUGAAGGGUUGGAAGCUUUCCUCGAGGAGCUCGGCAUGGACACCGUCAGUUUGCUCGGGCUUUCUGCGUUCGAUAGCAUUGUCCCCUUGACCAGCCCGGAGAAGCAAGCCCCCCGGCGUGAGAGACGACGCGAGUUCAUUUCCCACCUGGGUACGGCGCCAAAGAAAACUCACGAGGCCGAGGAGUUCGCUGGAGACCUCUUGCAAAAGGACAUCAUUGGAAUCGGCGACCUUCGUCGCUUGAGCGAGCUCCUGCCCUCCGAGGUGCCUGCGAGGGGUGGUGUCGUUGAGGGGACCCGCUCUUUCAGCAGCGGGAUGUUUGUUCACGGCGGGGUCGUGGGUCUCCGACGAAACUGCAGAGACUUCCCAUUGACAAACACGGCGGUGGCGCGAUUCGUUGCUGAGACCUAUCCGGCCCAGGAGUUCACAAGCUUCGCCUUCAUGACCAACGUAAAGACUGCCCUUCACCGAGAUUCUCACAAUCAUCAGGGGAGCCGAAACCUGGUCGUGAAGCUGAGCUCGUUUUCAAAAGGUGAAGUGUGGGUCUCCGACGGAGGCGGCGAUGUCUUCGAGGAGAUUGCUGGUCAGAAGGUGCCGGGCCGGAACCUGAGCUUUCGAGACGGCGCGGUCAGCCUUGACCCUCGCCGAUGGCAUCUCACCCAGGACUGGAUUGGAGAGCGGACUGUGCUUGUCCUCCACAGCGUCCGCGACUUCCUCAAGGCACCUCGUCGCGACCUCGCCACCCUCGUCGACUUUGGAUUCCACUUGCCUUCCGAGGUCUAUAAGAAGUUCAAAUCUUUGAGUUUGGCGGCGGGCAGGUUCUUGACUUGCCCCACGGCAUCGUCUGCCUUCUCUUUUGAGUUUGACUCCGAACAGUACGUUUUCCCUAAGAAGUACAAGCGCACCCGGGCCGAAGCACUACAACGGCCCGGUUACCUCGACCUCUACUCGGGCUCCCGAGGAGUCGCGCACGCCUUGGCCGAAAAGAGCGGUACGUGGGUCUUGACCUUUGACUACGCCAGGAGUGCUUCUGAGGACCUGUUGGACCCCCAGUUGCAAGAGAGGAUCUUCUUUCUGAUCCGGAAUCGAGCGUUCUUGGGCGGAGGAGGCGGGCCCAUGAGCGCCCGCGAGGCCAUGCUGCCGAAAAUCGACGAGGGGAACAGACACGCAGCUUUCACUGCGAGAGUGGUCAAAGAGUUCCAAGCUCUGCGCCUGCCCGUGUGGGUUGAGAACCCCCAUGGAAGCUACUUCUGGCGGACUCCCGCCUGGCAGGACAUCCUCGGGGCUGCGCUCAGCAUCGCCGGCUGUCUGGCUACUCGAGUCUUCACCGUCGACAAUGGACCAAGGAGACGCCUCGACCUGAACGCUUGUGCCAAGUGUUCUGGAGCUCGAACUGGAGAAGCUAAGAACCCCGGCCCUCAGUUCAAAGGUGUCAAGCUGGACUCUCUCGAGGACGUGGCGUUGGUCACUGACACCACGGCGAAGCUUCAGAGCCGGGUCCUAGCUGGGUUUGAAGAGUGGCCGAGGGGUUAA